CUUAUUUUAGAAUCGUGCUAAUGGGCCAAGGGAGGGCUAUUUUUACCCACUUGAUGGGUAUCCAAUAAAUUCGAUCCAUUUUUAGAGUUGCUAUGAUCUAAGGUAAAGUUUUUUUAAAUGGCGGGAGUAUAGAUUGAGAAAAAGAAUAAUAAUAAUAAUAAAAUUCUUGAUCAAAUAAUGAAUAGGUGAUGGACAUAUGGCCCCCUCUGCCAUGGCCGGUGAGACCACGAAUAAAUUGUUGUUUAAAAUUUGAAUUUGUCUUCAAUUGAACAGAAUUGCAGUAAUCAGAUAUGGAAGUAUGCUUGUCUAACUUGCAAUAUGCAUUAUUUAUGCACGGAAGAGAGAAGGGUUUAGCAUUUUAUUGUGUUGUGGUCAUGUGGAAGGUCCACAAAAAGUCCAAAUAGGACCAACAUUAUUUUCUUCUUUAAAUGUAAUGUAUUGAAUUUCGUUCCUUAAAUGGGAGACUCGCAAAUAUGUAUCAUCAUUAUUACUUCUUAGUCAGGGAAUGGUUUUUUAGCGGUAGGGUAGGUAGUUAUCGAACGGUGUCUGCUUAUUCCAAAUGAAAUUUUCAAAACCUUGAAACUAUGAUUGCUGAAUCACAUGAUGCCACAAGGAUAAUCAAAUCUGUUUGCACCAUCGCCAAACUCUUAUGCAGCACAAAUGUGGCUCGUCUUGUGCGUCCCCAAUAUGUGCAUGCUGUAUGUGCAUCAUACAGCGAUUGCGCAGAAAGGCGGAAAAUUGUGACCCUAACAAAAAUAAUAUCAGAUUUCUCACACAAUGGCGAAGUUGAUCGCGCAAGAAAAGUUUUUGAGCAAAUGGGUUCGAGAGAUGCUGUUUCUUGGAAUGUGAUGAUCAAAGGGUACAUAGAAAACAAUAGGAUUGGGGAUGCAAGAGAGUUGUUUGAUGAAAUGCCCGAGAAGAGUUCUUUCUCUUGGAGCUCCAUGAUCAUGGCUUACGCCAGAGAGCGGAAGACACACAUUGCACUGAAACUCUUUGUAGUGAUUCCAUGUAAAGAUGUUGUCAGUUGGACUGCCAUAGUCACGGCACUUGCACAAGAUUCACGGAUGGAAGAUGCUUGGGAGUUAUUCAAGCAAAUGCCGGAGCGGAAUUCAGUUUCAUGGUCUACAAUUAUAUCUGGUUUUCAACAAAAUGGGUUUGCUGCCAAAAGCUUGAAUGUUUUUAGAGAAAUGUUGUUGGCAGGAGUUCAACCAACUUCACAUUCUAUGACUAGUGUUUUAGCUGCUUCUGCUGAUCUAGCAAUGCUUUCAGUGAGCGAGCAAGUUUAUUCUCAACUGCUUAAAAGAGGUUUUGAGGGCAAUGUUCACAUAGCAAAUUCAUCCAUUUCAAUGUUCAUAAAAUCUGGAAGAUUUGACAAUGCAAGGCGUGUUUUUGUGGACCUGGGGGAGCCUGAUACUGUUACUUGGAACUCUAUGAUCAUGGGUUAUGGGCAGCAUGGUUUUGGUAUUGAGGCAAUUAUGUUUUUCCAUCAGAUGCAAAAAGCAGAGUUUUUACCCGACAGAAUAAGUUUCUUGGGGGUUUUACAUGGUUGCACCCACUGUGGGCUCAUAGAAGAAGGGAAGCGGUAUUUUAGGUGUAUGGAAAUGGAUUAUGGGAUUUCACCAGGACCCGAGCAUUAUGCAAAUAUGGUUGACCUAUUUGCUCGUGCAGGAUUGCUUGGAGAAGCAUAUGAGAUUAUAAGAGAAAUGCCCUUUGAGCCUACACCUGUCUUUUGGAGAGCAUUGCUGAAUGGAUGUAGGAUUUGGGGCAACUUGAAUUUGGGACUUUAUGUUGCUGAUAAGAUUUUGGAACUCGAACCAUAUAAUUCAAGUGCAUGCUUAAUGAUUAUUGAAAUCCACGCAGCAGCUGGUAGAUGGAAGGAAGCAAUGGAGAUGAGGAGACACAUGAAGGACAGAGAUACGAGAAAAGAGUUGGGCUGUAGUUGGGUUGACAUAAAAGGGAGGAACCAUAUUUUUACUACAAGAGAUGCAACUCAUCCAGAAUUAGACAAUAUCUACUUAAUUCUGGAGUUGCUGUCUUACAACAUGACCGAGUGUAUUAGUACUUGAGUGAAUGGAGGGCUGCAGAGCUGUUGAACAAUGCACAGUUAAGCUAAUAAAAAUCACAGUGCUGUAGAUUCAUCUCUUCCUUGAUUUAGUUCAUAAGACUAGUAACUAGGAAGUGAUGCAAGCUUUGAAAUCCUUUUGUCGAACACUUGCUUUAAAAAUUUUGAUCCAAUAGAUUUUAGCAACAAAGCGAAUGAGGAAGGAAUGGAGACUGAAGGGAAAUGGAAACAUUUCAUGGACUGAUAGGUGAUGUUUUUCUGUGUUCAGAUUUGCAUUAUUUGUCUUAGAUGGUAAUUUCUUGGACAUGGUGGUGAAAGUUGAAGAUGUCAAACUCUGGAUGAUCGGCUGCUCCAAGUGGGUGUACCCCCUUGGCAGAUCUCAUGGAGAAAGCCCAAAUAAAUAACAACUCUUUGUUGAGAAUUCUAGAAGGGCCUUGCAUUCACAUAUUGGGCUCCAAACCCAUAGCACAUUCAAAAAGUUUCAGGGCAAACAUUGGGCCUUGCCAUGCUUAAAGAACCUUUCUUUUGUUCUGUUUUUUCACGGCCAAAUGUCCCUCUGCUGUAAUUAUCCAACAAAGCGCUCGGAUAUCCAUUGAUUACAAUGAUUGCAGCAUGCCUAUCCCUUUCUUGUCUUCAUGAAUUUCUUUCGAGCCCUACAGGGGGGUGCCGGUCAAGCCAUAAUAAUAAACAUCCCAACACAAUCUGCUUUUGACAUGUUCAAGAAACAUUCCAAUACACAAUCUGCUUUGUACAGGUUUGAAGAAGCGGCCCAGAGCCCUUCCCCCUAACCUAUGGUCCUAUGCCUUUAAGUUAGUCCCAAACUAGGGCACCCUAUCGCCCUGCUACCAACCUACCAUUCGGAGGCAACAUCUUUUCCACGAUAUAUUCUUAACCCACAAAUCGCAUACACAAGAUAAGCACUCAAAAUCUUAUGUAUGAGUCGUGGCAAAAAGAUUUAAACUCUGGUCGCACAAAGAAACUUUUAAGUCUGAGGUCUAGGUCUAGUAUUAGGUUGUCUCGAUCUUACAUCAGCAUGCAGUAGACAAAUUGAGCAUCUAAUUGCUUGCACAAAAAACCCAAAGCACUUGUUGCCAAAUUGACUUAAAGGCCCAAAUGGGGCCACGUGAUCUUCGACCAAAUAUAUACCAUCAUCAUCCACGUUGAAUUUCUUCACCCAUCCAUGUAUGGGUUUUGUAUUGAGGGCUUGUUUGUGUGCAAGCAAUUCAUGCCAAAAGAAGUACUCAUUUUGCUCUUGUUUUGGCAGCUCUGAAAAGGCUAGGGCCGAUGGGGAGACAAACUGACCGACCUUGUGUUCUAAAUCUCCUCCAUAGCAUCCAAGCAUGACUCUCUGUCUUGGUGAAUUGAUGCUGAUGCUCUACGUGACGAGAUCUCCACUUCAGAAGCCCCUCUGGAUUCAAGAAGGCUUCAAAAAUUUACAUGCUUUUUAUUUAUUUUUUUUAUGACCCAGAUUUUUGGGCUUCACCCGCUUAAUUUUGAAAGAGAUUGACAUUUUCCCUGAUUUGAUCUUCGGGUAAAUCGGAUGCGGUCACAAACUUAUACACUCUCAAUUAGAUAUGUAGUCAGUUUUUAUUAAAUGAGGAUAUUUCU